CGCGCGCACGAAAUCAUGUACCGGGAAGCCAGUGAGCCGGGUUUUCGUUUGGUUGGGGAAAACCCCUUUUCAUCAAAAAAAGCCAACGAGCCGGCCGUCUCCGGCCGGCGCGUUGCGGCCAAGAUUCCCAAGGGAAAGGACUCAAAGGAGCCCGUAACGCCCCAAUUUCAUGUACUCGAGUCAGCUGACGUGCCAGCGGCCCACAUCAACCUUAUCAUCGUCAGCGACGACGACGAUGAUGAUGAGAAGGAGGAGGAGGAGGAGGCUAACAAGGUCGCCGCUGAGACCAACAACUCGUCCGUGAACAUCGUAGAUCCUCGUGCGGUAGCAGCUGUGGCGAUUGCGCCAGUCUCUCCUGCUGCGACUUCUGCGCCGGCUCCAGUUACUCCGGCAGCCGGGGCGCCUAUGGCCUUUGCAGCAGAUUCGGCUACCCCUGCUACUUAUGGCCAUGGCAAUGGCGCUGCCGGCGUCUGCGCACGUGGGAUCAAAAGGCCACACGCUCAUGAUGCAAUUUUUGCACCCGCUCCGGGCGCGGGGGCGCCAGUGGCCUUUGCACCAGCUCUGGCUACCCCUGCUGCUUCCGAUCAUGGGAACAUGGGCAGGAUGGCCGAGGAACUGCAGGACUUCGAGGCCGUAUCCGCCUCCAUGGCCCAGACGAUAUAUCGCCGCUCGGUGAGCGCCAGGUCGAACCUGCCACGGUGGGGGUGUCACGGCCUGCGAACCCCCAAGACCCGCUCGGCCCCUGCACCUUGCGGUUUGCCGAUGAAACGCAACACCACGGGGCCAGCCCCUGCCUAUGCUGGUUCCUCAUCCCGUGCCCCUGCUUCUAACAUAAGCAGCUCCGCUCCGAAUUCUUCAUCCCGUGCCCCUCCUGCUAAAAUCACCAGCUCCGCUCCGGGCUCCUCAUCUUGUGCCCCUACUGCUAAUAUCAUCAGCUCCGCUCCGGGCUCCUUAUUCCGUGCCCUUCCUGCUAACACCAGCAGCUCCGCCCCUCCUGCUAACAUCAGCAGCUUCGCUCAGGGCUCCUCAUUCCGUGCCCCUCCAGCUAAAAUCACCAGCUUCGUUCCGGGCUUCUCAUCCUGUGCCCCUCUUGCUAAAAUCAUCAGCUCCGCUCCGGGCUCCUCAUUCUAUGCCCUUCCUGCUAACAUCACCAGCUCCGCCCCUCUUGCUAACAUCAGCAGCUCCUCUCCGGGCUCCUCAUUCCGUGCCCUUCCUGCUAACAUCAGCAGCUCCGCCCCUCCUCCUAACAUCAGCAUCUCCGCUCCGGGCUCCUCAUCCUGUGCCCCUCCUGUUAAAAUCACCAGCUCCGCUCUGGGCUCCUCAUCCCGUGCCCCUCCUGCUAAAAUCAUCAGCUCUGCUCCGGGCUCCUCAUCCCGCGCCCUUCCUCGUAACAUCAGCAGCUCCGCCCCUCCUGCUAACCUCAGCAGUUCCGCCUCAUCUGCUAACAUCAGCAGCUCCGCUCCGGGCUCGUCAUCCCGUGCCCCUCCUGCUAACAUCAGCAGCUCCGCUCCGGGCAUGGCUACGCCGGAGCAAGGGAAUGGGAUUCGUGGCUUCGUCCGCCUCUUCGGCGUCAACAUUGCCCUCGUCCGCCUCUUCGGCGUCAACAUUGCCCCGCGGGAGUAGGCGAUACUUCUGCAAGCGCUGCCGGAGGCUUGCAGCUCAGCAUGCUAGUCCGUUAGCUCGCUCAUGAUUUCCUGCUGCUGAUUCUCAAUCAGCGCGGCGAAAUAGUAUCUUUGCUUCCAUUAUUUACUUUCGAGAUGGUUGCUUCGGUUCAGAUUUUACAUAGUUCGUACCAGAGCUUUUAGCCUGUAUGUAGGCUUUCCAGAUUUAUCAGUUUUAUGAAUUAUUUCGAGUUUGAUUCUAGGCUUCAUACCGGAGCUUGUAGCCUUGUAGGCGUUCCAGAUUAACCAGCUGUAUGAAUCACUUCGAUUUAGAUUCUAGAGUUCAUACAAGAGCCUGUAGCCUUUUGGCUUUCCAGAUGUAAUCAGGUGUAUGAAUUAUCUCAUGGAAUAAAGUUAUAAGAGUUGUUUGAA